AGCCACCCUCAGCUCCUCCCCACUCCGGGCUGGCGAGGCAUAGAGACCGAGCGCCCCACUUGCUGCCCCUCAGCGGCCGGCAAGGCGUUUUUAACUUGUAGCUUUCCAUCAGGCGCGCCGCGGGCAGCUCUGCGAGCGGGAGGAGCGGCGAGGGCCGGCGUGAGGCUGACGUGUCGGCGGGCGGCGGUGGCGGCGGCAGCAUGUCGAAGGUCACCUUUAAAGUCACGCUCACCUCCGACCCGCGGCUGCCCUACAAAGUGCUAAGUGUGCCCGAAAGUACACCUUUCACAGCUGUCUUGAAGUUUGCUGCUGAGGAAUUCAAAGUUCCUGCAGCAACAAGUGCCAUUAUAACAAACGAUGGAAUAGGAAUAAACCCCGCACAGACAGCAGGUGUGCAGUGGACACCAGACAAGAAACAGAGAAAUGGAGAUGUGAAGGACAACAUCCAGAAUGGCAAUGGUUUAAGGAACAGGAGCGAUGAGUGAGAACGAUUCUUCUCCGUUGUCAACAGAGUGGAUCUGAAUGACUGGUUCAGAUACAAGUACGUACACUUUGGAAAAUGUAAAUCGCACUCUUUUUGGUCAAAACUACAUUUUUUCUGACUGCACCCAUUCCUCUCCAACAAAAAUGUAGUUACAAGUUUGUUAUGCAUUGAACAAAAUGUACAGAUAAAAAAAAUGGUUUGAAUGCCUGCAUUUGGAUGUGAAGGACUUGAGUGCAAGAGACUUACUGAGUCACUUGGGAUUGAUGAAAAGGAUGCCUCAGGAUACAGCCUGAUGAAAGGCUCAGAGUCUGCCCCCAGGGUAGAUUUUAAAUUCCUCUUUCCUGUACAAGACAUGCACUGAAGGAAAGGUAAAAUGUUACAGAAAAAAACAUGGAUUUACCAUUCCAUCAUGAAACAACUCCAUCAUGGACUGUGAUACGAGAAAAGAAAUCUCAUCCAGAAUGUAACAUCCGGCAAUUUAUAAUCAAUACAGGACACUGGUAAGACCUCCUCUGAGAACGCUCCAUGGAAUUGCAGUUUUUUGCAAUGGUAGAAGAUGAAUCUUAAUGGGAAGAAUGUAAAGACGGCUAUUAAAAUGAUAAGGGAAAUUGAUAACUUAUUUUAUGAAAGGAAAUGUUAAUAGCUGGGUUUGCUCAUCCUUACAAAAUGAAAGCUAAGAGUGGAUAUAAUUUCUCUUCAUAAAUAUGUCAAAGAGACAAACGCUGAGGAGGAGAAGAGCUUUUUAAGCUAACACUCAGUAUUGCUUCAAGAACGGAUAGAAAAUUUCCAUGAAUAAAUGUAGGUUAGAAUUUAGGGGGUGAAUCAAAUAGUUGGAGAUCUGAGAUAGAUUUUCCUACGUCUUCUUAUACUGGGAGCUCCCCAGGUAAGUCAGAGAAAUCUUUAAACUCAAAAGCCGUAAGCUAGAAUAGUUUACUUUCGAAAUAUUGAAAAUAUAAUGACAAUAACUGGAGCAACUUGCAGAAAACUCCAGGAAGUUUUUUACUCCCUUCAAGGGCUGGCUGGCAUCUUCCUGUUCCUCUCUGCAGCCUCCCAGCUCUUGCCUCUCCCAUCCCAGAGCAUCUCCUUUUUCCCAAGCAAUAGGUCUUCCAGGAAGCUGCAAGUUUUCCCUACUCCAAGGUCACAAUUUCCUAAUCAUCAUUUAAAGAAACAUAAUAUUUAACUAGAAAUACAUGGCUGCAAUGGAUUCCAUCCACCAUAUCUCUGAAAGAAGUAACAAUAAAGUGGUUCUGCAAGAUUAAAUACAGGUAAUUUUUGAAGAUGAUGAUAUGUAGUUGCCUAUACAAAGAGAGGACUGAGUGUGCUGACUCUGGAGGUCUCUGCCCACUGCAUUUGGGAGUAGGCACUAAGAAGGGAAACUGAUACUUUCCAAAGUUUCAGAGUAAAUGCUCGAACUAACAUAAUUGCUUAAGGCUCAGAAGGAACCUAUUCAUAUCUGUACUCAGUCCUGUCCAUUAUAUGCAACUGCUGUAAUGGCUUAUUAGUGAAAUGUUUUCCUGUAACUGGGAUAGAAUGAGUAUAUUUCUGACUUAAUUUCCAUCUCAGUUUGAAGAUGGCUUCCAGUAAUCUGAAUUCUUCAGCCAUGCAGUGAACAAAACAGACAAAUAUAAGGAAAAUGGUUUAAUUUCCUUUAAGAGCUAUCUUAUAACAUGUGCAAGCAGAAACAAGGAGAUUGCAUACGCAGUCUCUUCUGGCAUUUCCUACUUGAAUUAACUUCAAACAUUACAUUUUGAUGGUAAUAAUGCAGACAAAAUAUUCAGUGUGUGUAUAUAGGCUGCCUAAAAAACAUACAGAUUAAAUGUACCUUUUGAAAAUAAACUUUCAGGAAUUAAACUUAAAAACCUCGUUCUAGUUCUUAGAGUGCCAUAAAGUGCUCUUGCCAUCUUGUAUCAUCAAGGAAGUGAUGGUAGUUGCUGGGGCAGGUGCAGAAGCACCUGCUUUGCAUCUUAAAUGCUGGAGAAUCUUUGGGGAACUAAUUCCUUCAUUACUGCUUUUAAAGGCCAGUUCCUAUCCUGUAAAACUUUAUAACUCAGCAGGAGCAGGGAAGAGAUUGUCCCUUGUUCUCAGCACUGGUAAGGCCUCACUUCUAGUACUGUGCACAGUUGUGAGCCCCUCACUACAAGAAAGACUCUGAGGCCAGUUGCAUGUCCAGAGAAGGGCAAAGAAGCUGUGAAGAACACAAGUAUUAUGAGGAGUAGCUGGGGGAAAUGGGAUUGUUCAGUCUGGAGAAUAGGAGGCUCAGGUGAGACUUUAUCACUCUCUACAACUGCCUGAAAGGAGGUU